AUGUCUGUUCCCGCGGCACCACCCGACGCGAUGGCAAAUCCCAUGAUCCCUCCAGAGAUGACCGCUAUACAGGCGGCACCAGCGGCUCCAAUAGAACCGGAGAUCGUCUCGGAAACGCUCUAUAUCCAAAAUCUGAAUGAAAAAAUCAAAAUCGAUGUGAUUAAGGCCUCGCUGCGUGGUCUUUUCAAGACCUAUGGUGAAGUUUUGGACGUUGUUGCGCACGGUAACUUGCGCAUGCGAGGUCAGGCGUUUGUAUCUUUUUCGGAUGCGGAAGUUGCGAAAAAAGCUAUGAAGGAAGUCAGAGGGUUCCCAUUAUACUCAAAACCUAUGCAAAUAUCGUUCGCUCGUACAAGAUCUGACGCCGUGGUCAAAAAGCUAGAUAAUGAGCACUUUGACGAGCAUAAGGCACAAAGAACUGAGCAUAAGCGAAAAACACGGUACUCCAACCCAUUGAAACAGAAAUUCAAAGCUAAGCGGCUGGCUUCAGAAAUGGACGGAGCAACCAGUGCUCCAGCGCCGAAACGUCCAAACGUUCAAAUGCCGGACGAAUAUCUCCCUCCCAACAAGAUUCUCUUUCUACAAAAUCUCCCGGAAUCGGUCACGAAGGACCAAUUACUUGGGCUUUUCAACCAGUAUCCAAAUCUACACGAAGUUCGUCUUAUUCCAACGAAGAAGGACAUCGCGUUCGUGGAAUAUACAGACGAGGCCAGCUCCACUGUGGCGAAGGAUGCUUUGCACAACUACAAACUCGAUGGAGAAAACAAGAUCAAGGUAUGUCAUUUUCAAUCAACUAGACAGGCCACUGACUUGUUUUUCAUUCAGAUCACUUUCGCAAGAAAGUGA